CCCUGAAGCCUUAGCGAUUGCGCAUGCGAGUGUGGUAGACGCUGGAAAGCAACCUGAGGAUCCAAAACAAAGUUGAACGUGAAUACAGUGAAGUAUAUCUAAGUCGAGGUGUUUGGCUUUAGGGACCCGUUCCCAAACUUUAUGCGUUCAACAUGGCUAUGAAAUUAGAUACUGCUCUAAAACUCUACAUAGCCUUAUAUGUGCUAUGUUUCGCCCUUACAUGGUUCAUCUCGGUUCCAAUGUUGAUCCAUGUCUCCCCCGAGAACGAAUGCUUGCUCUUUGUCACACCCUAUGUUCGGUAUGGAUCUGCAGCAACAUGUUAUCUCAUGGGAUUGGCGCCGAUAUUUGUGGCCGUGUGUGCCCUGGUCAUGAUUGUGCUGCACAUAAUGCAAUUGAAGUCCUUAAGAGCAUUCCUGUCUAAACCUGGUCCAUGGAGAUCCGCCGAUUAUGAAAGGCCACCUCAUAUCUAUUGGCGCAUGGUGGUGUUCCAUGGGAUUGUAACCGUUAUUGUAGUAACUAUAACCUCGAUUCUGACGGCGGGUUAUGUGGACACUUGUCAAAAUUUGUAUCGAGAAGUCAAAACCACGAUUCGAGGCCGUUUUGAGGUCGGGAAAUGGGGAGGAUCCAAAGGAACCAACGAACUCUACGAUCGAUUUGCCAACGACCAUUCGAUUGAAAGAUAUGUGAAUGAUCGAACAGAUCCUUGGGGAAGGUCGGCAAGUGAGCGCUCAAUCACUUGUCGGAGUAUUCUCACGGACUUCGAAAUCCAUUACCAACUCAAAUUGAACCGUUUGAACGACCCUUACAACAAUGCUUACAUUGGACCCUAUUCUGAGAAUGAGCGUGGAUUGGCCGGCAUCCGACACACAACCAUUCGAGACAACCUCAUUUUGGAGCUUUGUCUAGCGGCGACGCGGUGCCCGCGGGGGUAGUGGGGGCCUAUCCCCUACAUCCGGGUUCAACCCGCGGAAUUCGGCUUCCAAUCAGUCCAUGAACUCGUUCCAAGAUCCCAAUAGAGGCUACCCGGUGAAUUACAACGACCAAUCCAUGGACCAAGAGCAGUAUGACCUGAAUGAACCUGAGGGCUAUCGAACUCGCUUGGGAAACUCGUCCAUGAUUUGAAGUCUGAACUAAUAAUACAGUGAGCAUCAUCAAUCACUCCAAUAGUCAAGCAAGCAAACGAGCAUCCGUGUAAAUUGUAAAAUAAUGAUGAUAAUAAUAAGAAUAAUCAUUGUGGUUUGA